AUGGAGGACAUGAACCAGAAGCAGAGGGAGCUGAAGAAGAAGUUAAACGCGCUCACCGAGGACGUCACGAUGGCGAGGGUGAACUCGAACCGCGCGAACGCCGAGCUCAAAAGGGCGAAGAAGAUUUUGGAGAAGCAGGGGUUCAGAGAGAAGGCUCGGCUGGUGCACCACGCCUUGCGCACGGAGAUGAUGCAGUCGGUCAUCGAGGAGAAGGACAAGUCGUUCCGCGAGAACGAGCUUCUGCUCACGGAGGCGCGGCAAGAGGCUGCGUUCGUGGAGCACGAGAAGCUCGACACGAGCUUCCUCCUGUGGGCGGUGGAGAACCACAUGACGGAGAACUUCUGGGCCGUGGAGAUGUGCCGCGGCAUGCACAACCUGAUCCUCCCGAAGGGCUGCGCCGUCGUCAUGCCGCUGCUGUCCCAGCUGUUCCGCAAGCGGUACUACAGCAACGCGGUGAUCCCCGCGGGGUCGGUCAUCAUCGCCCCGCCGAAGGACUCCCCGCUGGUGGCGCUCAUGCAAAAGGGGAAGGGCGGCGGAGGGAGCGGCUCGAGCCGAUUGCCCGGCGUCGAGAUGUGCCUCCCCGCCAACACGGUGAUCGACUUCGAGGACGGCGAGGACGCGCACAUCGAGAUCCCGGGCGGCACGAAGGUUGUCCUCCCGUCGUCGUGGCUCCCGGACGACCGUCUGUACGAGGUCAGAUUGCCGAUCGGGACGUCCGUGAUGCUUCCCGAGGACAUCCGGGAGGACGCGGAUGAGGACGGGGCGGACCUCGCGUACGAAAUCUUCAUGCACAUGUACAAGCACAAGCUCAUGUCCGAGGACGAUGACGAUUUCUACGUCGACGCGGCGAUGAUCGCUCGCGACGAGAUGGAGAAGAGGAAUGAGGGUGAGGAAACGAUGAAGCGCUUACGCAGCCGAAGCGAUCAGCACGAAUCCGCGAACGUGCGGCGGAUGCGUCAUAACUCGUCGGCUUCGCGACACGCCGAGUCGGCGAUGAAAGCUAAGAGGAUGGCGGAGGACUUCAGCAAGAACGGCAAGCAGUUCGGCGUCGCGUGCGUGACGCUGUGGCUCCCGCCGAACACGCGCAUAGGCGCCGUCGCCGGCGGUCUCAACCACGUGUUUCUCCCGUCUGGCUGCACGUAUUACUUCUCCGGAAACGGGGACUCGUUCGUCCCGCCCGGCGCGAUCGUGCGCCUCGCGUCGUUCCCGAGCGAUCCGCACCACGUCAUGCUCUCGCACGGCACGAUCGCGAAGUUCCCGGGCGCGCCCGGAGACGCGGCGGACGGCGACGACGCGUACGCGACGAGUCACGUGGAUAACGUCAUCCUCCCCGGCGGCGCCGAGGUUAUGUUCUCGCGCCCGGGGAAAGCGUUCGUGCCGCAGAACACGGUCGUGCGCGACCAGGCUGGCCGCGAACGCGUGAACGAGUCGUUCCUCGAACAAGAGAUGCGCGUGGACGUGGACGAGGUGAUGACGAUGCCGUGCUUCUUGGGACGGGUCCCGACGUACGAAGAGCUCGCGAUGCGAAUGACGGAUCUCGGGCAAGCCGCGGCGUCGCUCGCGGUGGGCGCGCUGUCUCCAUCAGUCGCCGCGUCGAUCCUUCACGUGUUCGCCGCGGAACAGGAGAAGUCCAACGAGGUGAUCGGGGACGAGACGGGCGUGUCCCUCGCGUUCGACAUGGUGAAGUACGCGCGUCUUCAGGCGCUGGGGAUCAUCGUCGCGAAGAUGCCGUUCGAAGACGCGGUGGCGUUUUUAGACGUCAUGGAGACGUCCCGCGCGGGCGCCAUCAUCGGGCACAUGGAGGACCACGUCGAGCAGGAGGACAUCGAGUCGCGCGAGAAGCUCAAAAACGCGGUGAGCGAGGAGGUGUUGAAUCACGCGAGGUCGUGGAACGAGGCGUGGGUGGCGUGUCGCGAGGACGACGACGCCGCGCACGAGAAAAUUCUCGACAUCGUCACGACGAUGCACUUCAAGGUGGCCGCGCGGCUGCUGUGCCGCGCGCCCGCGCAGAGAGCGUCCGGGUAUCUCACCGCGUACGCGGAGCGCGACCCCGCGGCGGCGGCGCAGAUCUUAUCGUGGAUGGGAUACCUGACGAUGAACAUCGCCAACUUGAGUUACUUUUACCUGAAGGAGGACGUCGAUCGCGCGCGCGCGCUGUUGAAGGUAUCGCACGCGAAGAACGAGGGAGAGCUCGUGCAGGCUGUGCGCGCGAUCAUGCAGUUCUUGGAGAAGACGUUCGGCGUGCGGUGUUCGCUGUUGCGGACGAACUGCGACUGGGACAGCCAGGUGGAGCCGAAGAACAUGCGGCCGUACACCAUCUUGGAACUCGCGAAGGAAGAAGCCGCCGCGGAGCAGGAGCUGAUCAAGCAAGCGGAGACGGAGGCGAAAAUUCAAGAGAUCAUCGCCCAGAAGAACAGGCACGCGGUCGCGGGAGAGAGCUUCUACGGCGAAGUCGUCGCCGCGACGCAGCUGAGCAAGCUGCCGGUGGACUUCAGCAUGUUGACCGACGGAGACGACGAUUCCGACGACGACGAAAUCGACGAAAUCGAUCGAUCCGCCGCCGCCGUCGCCGUCGCCUCCGACGGCGUGCCGUACGUCCCGACGAUGUACGACGUCGCGAUGGAACUCCUGGACACGCUCGACGACACGCCGAUGGACUUGA